AUGAGUGCAACCAAUCGCACCCUCACACAUAACCCACGCAUCCCCCCAAAUGCCUCUUCGGACGAUGACGACCCAACCUCGUCUUCCGGCUCUUCAGAUAGCGAAAGCGAAGAAUCCUCCGAAGAUGAAGACGAAGACACCUACCAGGAACGGUCAGCUGAAGGCGCAUCUUCUACACAGAGGCCAUCAAUACCAAGUAUCACUGGUCGUCGCAAACCACGAAUUACCGCCCCAAAUGUAAACUCGGAUUUGAUGGCUCGCUUGUCAGCGUUUCUCCCACAGAUCCAGAGCGCAAACGAACAGCUGGAGAAGGAGAUUGCUGAGGGCCAUGGGCAGAACCUGGUUUUAGAUAACGCCGACGAAGGAAGUGAUUACAUCGAAAUGAAUCUUGGCCUAGGCGUGCUCGAAGAAAAGAGUGGUGAUGGGCAGAAUUCUGAUGGUGCAGACAAGAAUGCUCAAUUGGAUGGUGACUCAAAUGAAAUACCGGCGAACCAGGCGAAUCGUUCCAGUGAGCAAGACUCUGAUAUUUUGAGCCAUCUCAUGGGCGGAAAGGAUCAUGAUGAAGACAUGGUCAAACCGUCGAUUGAGGAAGUGUAA